AUGCCACGAAUUGGUACAUGUAGGGUCACGUACAAUAAUAAAUUGCGGAUGCAACAAAAAGAGAAAUUUGCUGUGUGGCCGUGGCCUAGAAAACCAGCCACUCACCUGUGUGUAGUUCUCUCGGACAAUUAUUUAUUUUUGUUUUUGUUUUUUUUCGCAAACCGUUUUUCCCCGUUUUUUGCUGGAAAAUCGUUGUUUUAAAUGAUUUUUUUGCAGAAUGGACAAAACAAGGAUUGGAGAUUGCGGAGAAAUGGCGAAAAAAUGGUGAGGACUUUUAUUUUUCUCAAAAAUCUCUUAAACUGUGUUUUGGAAGAAAUCCAUUCUUGAAUAGUAAUUUUGCUUAGAAUAUUGAUUUUUUCAAUUCCACGUGGAUGUGGAAUUGCUCAUUUUAAGUGAUUCCAGCGUUUUCAGCGCAAAAAUUGAUGUAGAAGAUAUUUUGGUAGCUCAGGGAGAUAGAGGAACCUUUUGAAUGAUGGAGGGUCUGAAAUUUUCACAUAAAACAUGUUCCAGAUCAAUUUUUCGUGCUGUAAACGCUGGAAUUGCUCAUUUUAAGCGAUUUCAGCUUUUUCAGCGUUAAAAAUUGAUCUAGAAAAUAUUUCUAAUUCACAAAUUUUCAACCCUCUUUUCUGGAACACCUUGACAAAUACACAACUCAAAUAAAUAAAUAAAUAAAUAAGAAAUUUUGAAUGUAUGACUAAAUAAAUACAGUUUGUUUGAACAAAUAUGGAAAAAUCACGUGAAAACUUGACAAAAAAUGAGUCAGAAUAUUCUGGAACUUCACGUGUCAGAGGUACUGUAGAACUUCUAGAUUUCAAGACCAUUUUUCUGGAUUUUUUAUAUGCUCAAAAUAAAUUUUCAACGUAAUUAGGAGGGCGUGGGAAUUUCGAGAUGAAAUUUCAUGAAACAUUUAUGGAGAUGUGGAUUUUUUAGAAGAUUGUGUGAAAUUUUCGAUCCACGUGGCAAAACUCAAAAUUUUUGAGCUGCAAGAAAAUUGCCACAUCAUCAAGUUCACGUGAAGAAUCCACGCGUUCUAAAUUUUUUUUUUCAAAAUUUUUUUCACGUGUACGUCAAUCCCUGUCCCAAACCAGUUUUCUCGCGGCUCCCGAGCCUAAUAUGAGCAACCUUUCCUUUUCCGGGAGAAUUUGCCGAUUUUGCGUCAAUAUUUACCCCCAAAUCUUCUCUUUCCUUCAAUUCUUCACACAAACUACUGUCACAUGUGUGAAAAAAAUUUCGGCGCUGAUUUAUUUAUUUAUAACAGAAAAAAAUUUUGGCUGGAAUUUUCAGUUAGACCUUUUGAACUUUGUGAAAGUUAGACUAACUUGAUUUUUUUUGAAAAUUAGAACUUGAAAAUGCCACGUUUCACGUCUUUUUUUCACGUAAAAAUUCCAUGUUUUCACGUGAAAUUCCCAACUUUUGAAUUCUUUUCUCCUCAUUUUUUUGUGAGUUAGACUAAGUCCCAAGAGAGCUCAUGGAGCUCAUGAAAAUUUUUCUCGGAAAUAAUUUUUUUGUUCUCUGUGUUUUGUUCUUUUUGGGACUUUAUAGACUAGACUAUAGUUUUAGAUUUUCAGCACAACUUUUUGUUGAGGCUGAAAAUCCCAAUUUUCCUAAGAUUUUGAGAUAUUUUUUACUUUUUUAUGAAGAAAAAAUGGAAAAAAAGAAUCAAAAAAGUAUCAGGUCAAUUUUCAGUUUAAAAUAUUUCGAAACGUAAUUUUUCCGGGUUCAAAAAUCUUGAAUUUUUCGACUCAAAAUCGGUUUUGCCACGUCAUAGGUUGAUUUUCCGAUGGGAAUUUUGUAGUAUUUUUCGAAUUUCAUCAGCUUCUCCUCAUUUUUAAUUACACCCCAACCCAAGAGCUCAUUUUGUGCUCCAUUUUUUUUUUCAUUUUCACAUCGUCAUUUUUUUUCUCGCGCGACUUUAAUUAACUUUUGCGCAGCUAGAAGCAGAAGCAGAAGCUUUUCACAUUUUUUCGCUGUUCUGAAUUGUGGUUUGAGUUCUCCGAGAGAACUUCACGGUUUUUGAGCCAAAAAUUCCAAAUUUUUGGUCUCAAAAUCAACCCUGCAAAAAAAAUCCGCUGACCCCGGAAAAUUUUCCAGAACUUUCUCUUAUCUUAUCAAAUUUUUUUCGUGCAAAACUUUUUUGUGCUCUUUCCGUGACCAAUUACGUCGAAUUUCAUCAGUUUUCGGAGAAAAAAUGACAAAACGUAGCAAAACUACUGUAGAAAUUCCAUUUUUCAAGUUCCCGGAUCUCUGAAACUUUCCAUUUCCGCCUUCAGAAUUUCGAAAUUUCAAUUUCAAUUUGUUUUUUCUUCUUUCGAACACCUAAAAAUGGGAAAAGCCUAAGCCUAAACUAAUUUCGAAUCCCACUUUUUCUUCAAUUUCCAAUUUCUUUUUGUGUUGUGUUUUGGAUGGUCAAAAAACAAAGAAAAAGCUGAAAAUAGGAAAAAAUUACUGUAGGGAACAAAUUUGAGCUCUGAAACUUGAAAAUUGUCGAGAAAUGUUAGAGACGCAGUGUUAAAAUGAGGCUAGGUUAGAGACGCAGAGAGAGGAGGGUAUACUGUAUGAUGAAUUUUUCUCUCUGAAAAUUUUUGAACCGAAAUUUUCAGAUAAUUUUUGCCACGUGGAUUUUUCACUCUGAAAAUUUUUAUUUUAAUUUUUUUUUUCAUAUUCAAAUCCACGUGGCAAUAAAAUUUCAAAUUUUAAAAUUUUUCCCGCCAAAAAUCACUUCCUUUUGACCGCCCGUUUCAGUAUCUUGACCCAAACUUUUUUUUUUUUUCAAUUUUUUUUCGAAAAAACCAGUUUCGCGCCCAAAAACUAAGAGAAACAAUACUGAAACGAAAUUUUUUUGUUCAAAAAUUUUUUUCGAAAAAUGAAAAAUGUGAUAUAAAAAUGACCGGAGGACCGCAUUUUUUGUGUAAAAUUUUUUUUCGAAAAAAAAAAUUAUUUUCAUUUUGAAAAUUCCGAUUUUUUUCCCGAAAAAACAAAGUUUGGGUCAAUUUUUCUGGGCGCCCAAGAAAAAAUGUCAAUUUUUGUUGUUUUUUUUGCUGUUCUCUUUUUUUUGCAGCUAUACGAAAAAUGGAUUUUUUGGUGGCAUUUUUUUGGCGCCAAAAAUUCAUUUUUCAAAUUUUUGCACUAAAUUUUCAAUUUCCAAAUUUUUUGAUGUCCAGUAAAGUUUUGGCGCCAAAAAUUCAUUUUUCGAAUUUUUGCACUAAAUUUUCAAUUUCCAAAUUUUUUGAUGUCCAGUAAAGUUUUGGCGCCAAAAAUUCAAUUUCCAAAUUUUUUGAUGUCCAGUAAAGUUUUGGCGCCAAAAAUUCAUUUUUCAAAUUUCAAAUUUUUGCACUAAAACUCCACGUGGCCAGAAUUUGUUCAAAUAAUUGGAAAAGUUAUUUUUUCGCGCCAAAAUUUGAUAUUCAAAUUUUUUGAAUUUCAAAUUCUGGCGGCAAAAUUUAAUUUUCUCGAAGUUCAGUAAGAUUACGGUACCUAAAAGUACGGUAGCCACGUGGCGAAUUAAAUUUUUUUUUGAAUUUCAAAUUUUUGCGCCAAAAUUUAAUUUUCGAACUAUCUUGAAAUCCAGUAAAAAUAACGGUGCUUAAAACAAUUUCAAUUUUUUUUAAAUUUCAAAUUUUCGCGCCAAAAAUCCACGUGGCAAAAUCCAUUCCACGUGCAAUUUUUAAAAAUUCGCAAAAUUAUUUUCGCAACAUUUUUUUCCCAAAAAAUCCAGUUCCAUGACCUUCGAACUAUCUCAGAAAACUAUCAUUUUUUCUCUGCGCACUCUCUCAUUUUCGCGCAAUCUCUCGUAGUUUUGGAGCUCACAGAAAAGAGCACAAAUAAUAUAUAGGAGCAAAACUAAACGUGUAUUAUUUAUGUAUACUUUUUCACUAUACUAUAUUUAUAUUUGCAUACUUUUUGUGCUAUUUUUCAGCGAGCGCUGCAAAAAAAAAUGUCGAAAAUAGUUUUCAUUUUCAUUUUCAUUUUUCGCAGUCUUUGCACUUUGGAAGAGUUUUUGAGCGAAAAUUUGAAUUUCAAGCUCAUUUUCUGAAAUUUUAGCUCAAUUUUAAGAGUCACGUGGAUUUUUUGGUCUUAAUUUUUUGACCUGAUCUUAGUUUUUGAAUUUUGAAAAUGUUUGACUUAUUUGUGAGUUCCACGUGGAUUUUUUGUUUAAUUCAAACUUUCUAAUAAAAGUUUCUAGCUCAAUUUUUCAUGUUGAUCACGAUUUUCAGCUUGAAAUUCUCUGAAAAUCUCAAAUUCAUGCUGAAAAUCGUGAUCUACGCUGAAAACUGAUCUAGAAAAUUAUCACCCAGAAGGUCAGGGGAUCAAUCCCCACUGCCCGCGAAAUAUUUUUUUUUUUGAAAAAUCUAGCUCAACCUUUCUGUUGCCACGUGGAAUUUCACUGGAAGUUUUGGCGCCAAAAUUUCUUCCCAGGAUUACUGUAGCUCCCUUUAAUCCCCACGUGGAUUAUUUUCCCAUUUUCUAGCAUAGAGCCUUCUAAUUAAAUUCUGAAAAUGAAACCUAUGACGUCACUUCUCUCCAAAACUUUGCUCGUUAAUUAAAAAUCCCCAAAAUAAUCUACCGUAGUUUUUUUCCCCAUUUUUUUUUGUUUUUGAAAAAUUUUAAUCGCAUCAUUUUUUUUCGAAAAUGUUAAUUUUUCACGCACUUUUCGAAUUUUUCCCGGAGAACUCAGAGAUCGCUCAAAAAAUGAGCGGAAAAUUUGAAUUUUCGAAUUUAUUUUUAGCUUCGGCGAAGAUGGAAGAAAUAGUGACGUCACAGUGUUUUUAACGCGAAAAAUUUUGAAUUUUGAAAAAAAAACAGUUGGCAGGCAGUGUGGUUUGAUCCCCUGACCUUCUGCGUGAUAAUUUUCUAGACCAAUUUUCAAUGUAGAUCACGAUUUUCAGCAUGAAAUUGUCUGAAAAUCCAAAAUUCCAAGUGGAAAACGUGAUUUUUCUUCAAAAAUCCCUCAAAAAUUCGAAAAAUCUUAGUUUCUGAUCUCAAAACAUCGUAGUUCGCAAAAAAAAACGGAAAAUAAUUUAUGGGAUUUUUUUUCACACAAAAAAAAAAAAAAAAAUUUUAGAGUGAUAUCAUUUUUGUAAUUUUGAUCAGCGACAAGAAAAAAUAUCAGGUGAUAACUGGAAAUUGUCAGAAAUUUCAAGUAGAUCACGAUUUUCAGCGCGAAAUUUGUCUGAAAAUCUGAAAUUCAUGCUGAAAAUCGUGAUCUACGUUAAAAACUAGUCUAGAAAAAUUUGAAUCUAAAGAUCAAGGGAUCGAGCCACACUGCCUGCGGAACUUUUUUUUUCGAGUAGACUAUAGAUCACACAAAAUUUUCCGCAUAAAAACGAUUAAAACUUUUUUCUCGUCGCUCAAAAUGUGCCUGCUAUCUACAAAAUUGCGCUUACGUCACAUGGAAGCGACGAAAAAAAAUCUGCUGUUUUUUUUGGACGUGGAUUAUGACAGACCAAAAAAAUCAUUUUUUUUUGGAAAAACACGAGAUCAGACCUGAAUUUUGACGAAGAUCACGAUUUUCAGCAAAUUUCAUGCUGAAAAUCGUGAUCUACGUGAAAACUUGGGCUAGAAACUUUAUUCAGAAAAAAUAUCUCGCAGGCAGUGGGGUUCGAUCCCCUGACCUUCCGGGUAGGACUUUUUAGCCCAUUUUUUCACCUAGAUCACGAUUUUCAGCAUGAAUUUCGGAUUUUCACACAAUUUCAUGCUGAAAAUCGUGAUCUACGUGAAAACUUGGGCUACAAAAAAAUUCCGCAGGCAGUGUGGUUCGAUCCCCCGACCUUCCGGGUAGAACUUUUUAGCCCAUUUUUUCACGUAGAUCCCAAAUUUCCCCCUAAAAUUGUCUGAAAACAAUUUUUUCCAGCCCAAAUUUCGCCCCCAAAAAUCUCAGUGUGCAAAAAGAAACCCAUUAAAUCUCCAUUUUCUGCAAAAAAAGUGCAUUAUCUCUGUGCCCUUGGCUCUUUUUCUUUUUUUUUUUUCACCAAAAAAAGAGCACAAAAAAUGUGUGGUGCCCACGUAAAUGCAAUUAAUUCGUACAUAUUCCAUCCAUUUUCUCCAUUCGUUCGUUUUUCAUUCAUUCAUUUUUCUCUGCUUCUCUAAAUCUCUCACUCUCUCACUCUCUCUCUGCACAAAAAAUAAAUACAUUAAAAAAUGCUGUUAAUGGAUUCGAUAGACCCGAAAAAAAAUUAAUUUACGCGUGGGAAGUUUUGGAUGACGUGGAUUUUACACGUGAAAAAUCGUGAUCUACCUCAGAACUUCUCAAGCGCAAGGUCAAGGGUUCAAACCCCUCUGGGAACUUUUCUAGAACAAGUUUUCAUGUAGAUCACGAUUUUCAGCAUGAAUUUCAGAUUUUCAGACAAUUUCAUGCUGAAAAUCGCGAUUGAUCUUUUGAACUCAAGCAGAUGUAAAGUAAAAAGAUGUACACUGUCUGCAAAAAAUGUUCUUUGGUCAAAAAAAUUUGGUACGAUUUUUUUUUGCAAAAGAAAUGAUUUGUGAGUUGCCACGUGGCAAAUGGACUUAUAGGAAAUAUCUGAAAUUUCAAAAAAAAAUCUUAGGCUUAGGAAAAAUCUUAGGCUUAGGCUUAGGAAAAACCUUAGGCUUAGGCAAAUCGCUUAGGCUUAGGCAAAUUGCUUAGGCUUAGAAAAAAUCUUAGGCUUAGGCUUAGGCAAAACCUUGGGCUUAGGUAAAACCUUAGGCUUAGGAAAAAUCUUAGGCUUAGGAAAUAUCUUAGGCUUAGGCUUAGGCAAAACCUUGGGCUUAGGUAAAACCUUAGGCUUAGGAAAAAUCUUAGGCUUAGGAAAUAUCUUAGGCUUGGGCUUAGGCAAAUCGCUUAGGCUUAGAAAAAAUCUCAGAAAUUUCAGAAACAUUUUCAGAAUCCCCCUGCCACGUGGCAACUCUGAAAAUGUUUCUCUCAAAAAAUGUUCUCCCCAAAAUUUAAUUUUAGAACUUUUCUCUCUCUUCUGACUCAUUUUCUGUGUGUUGAUAAUUUAUUUUGAUUGAUUACCUCGGCGAACGAACAUUUUCAGACAUUUUCAGAAACCAAAUUUUUCUUCUGAAACUUUGCCACGUGGCAAUUUAAAAAUCCAAUUUUCCCGGAACCAAAAAAAGUUUCAAGUUAGGAAAACUCCCAAUUAUUUUUUGUUUCCUCUUCCUUGUUCUAACAAGUUUCUUCUAAGUUUUUUUAAAACAGAAUUCGCCACGUGGAAAUUUAGAAUUUCGAAAAUCCACGUGGAAAGUUCAAAAAUCAAUCAAUCAAUAAUAAAUCUCUCUUAUUUUCUCACAUAUUAAUUUUCCAUUAUUAAUAAUAAAUAUUCUUUACACCCUCUCUUUCUCUCUCGUUUCUCUGCCCCGUCUCUUCUACAACCAAUACUCUCUCGCCCCCCUAGAUUUCAUAUUUUUCACUUUCCCCCUAAUAAUAAUAUAUUUUGUUUACGCGCUACGCACGGCGUUCUUUAAAAGUCGGUCAUCGUUUUUUCUCUGCGUCUCUCCGUGUGCUCCAACACUCUCUCGCCUUUUUUUUUCAUUUUGUUGUUUUGCUCUUAUUUAUUUUAUUACGUGGUAUUUUUGCGGUGUUGUGUAGUUCUCGUGGAGGAAAUUGGAAUUUUUGAUUUUUGUGUAGUUCUUUUGGAAUUCCAGAAAACAUUUUCGUGUACUUCUCGUGGAGAACAUUUUUUUUUGGAGUAAAUUUGAAUUUUUGUGUAGUUCUCGAGGACAACUCAAAGAGUUACUGUAGAAAUUUCCACGUGGCAAAAAAUCCCCGUGUACUUCUCUCGGACAACCAUAAUUUUUCAUUUUUUUUUUCUAAAAUUGGAAUUUUUCGUGUAGUUCUCUCGGAGGAAAUUGGAAUUUUUGAUUUUUCGUGUAGUUCUCGAGGACAAGCCAAAAUAUAUAAUUAAUUAAUUUUUGUUUUUAGUUAGACGAAAAGUGCCUCGUGAGAGUUGGAGUACUGUAGGUUUUUGGGGUACUGUAGGGUAUUUUUGGGUCUCAAAAAAAGGCCUGUGUACUUCUCGAGGACAAAAUGUUUUUUUGAAAAAUUUUUUUCAAUGUUCAAAAUUCCACGUGGAAAAUUUUCGACCCCCGAAUUAAUUUGAUUUUUAAUGAAAAAUUCCACGUGUCAAAAAACCCCGUGUACUUCUCGCGGACAACACAAACACCAUAUUUUUUUCGAUUCAAAAAUGUACUUUUUGUUGUUGACUACACUAGACUGGCCAAAAAAUACGCAUUUUUCGAAAAAAAAUUGCGUAUUUUUUGUGACGUGGCUAAUUGAUUUUUGGUUUUUUGAUCUACCAAAAAAAACUAUUUAUUUAUUUAUCUUAUCUUUUUUUUGCUUGAAAAAAUUCCGCGCAGCGAAUUUUUUUUUCUGUUUUUUGAUUAGAAGAUUUUGAAAAUUUUUUGAAAAAUUUUUUUUCGCGGCUUAAAAGUGCACUGUCUUUUCUUUUAUGAUAGGAAAGUGUGUUGUCCGAGAGAAGUACACGACUGUCCUAGAAUACUGUGUAUUCUAGGACAGUCUAGAGAGCUACAAAAUAUUGUCCGAGAGAAGUACACGGACUACUGUGUAUUCUAGGAGAGUCUAGGAAAAUACAAAAUUUUUGUCCGAGAGAAGUACACGGCGUAUUUUUCCAGUUGAGACCAAAGAUAUCCCAAAUGAUAUCAUUUUCGUUGAUUUUGAUUUUCCAAAAAUAGAAAAUUUUUUCGAUGAACAUUAAAAAUCACACGAUUGAUACGCGCUAUUUACAAGUUUUUCGGGGCAAAAAUUUUUUCUCGUGUACUUCUCUCGGACAAAAAUUUUUAGACAACAAUUUUCUGGACAAAAAUGAGUCAUGUAUGACAGGCAAUUAGCAAAAUAGUGUCAAAUUUUUUGUGUGUGUGGGAAAAUUUUUGUGUCUAAAAUUAGUCAUGUUUGAAAAAUGUGUUUUUUUCUGAUUUUUGAAAAUUUUUUUGCAAAAGUGUCUGAGAAAUGUUCGAACAUUAAAAAUUUUACGAGGAACACUUUGGUCAUUUUUUUUUUGAUAAAAUCAAAAAUUCGAACAUCAAACCAACUUUUCUCUAAGGUGAUUUGCUUCUUUGAUCUUUUGACAACCCCAAAAAAUCUUGUUUUUUUUGAGAAAGGUUAAUUUAUUUAUAGUUUGUUGCUUGAAAUUUUGGGAUUUUUUUGGCGGAAAAAAAUUUUAUCACUAAACUUUUCCCUGACAUUUUGAAUGUGAAAAUUCUGCAAAAUUUUUUGGAUUUCUUGAAUUUUUUUCAAUAAAAUUCAAAAUUCGUGCCGAAAAUCUACAGUAAUCUAUUUGACACGAGGAUUUUCGAUUUUUUAUACUUUUUCAAAUCCAUUUGGCAGACCUUUUGAGACCUACAAUAUCUCAAAUCCACGUGACACCUACAGUAUCCCAAAAGCUUCUUGUGAUUUUCAGAAAUCCAAAAUCAGGUUUUUUCAAGAUUUUAGGGUUACUGUAGUGCGUUUAUAAAUACAUUUGGAUUUUUCAAAAGCCACGCGGCACCUACAGUACCCCUAGAUUUUUCUAUUUUCUUAUGAUCUACUAAAACAUGCCUAGAACCAAUGUCUACAGUACUUCAAAACCUAUUCAUUGUCUUAUAAUCUACCAAAAUGUUUGAAAAACCUCUACAGUAACCCUACAGUACCCCAAAACCUCCACCAAUAUUUCAUCUACAGUACAUAAUUUAAAGCCUCUCUUAUGAUCUACCAAUUUUCCACACUGGCUACAAGGUACUGUACUUCAAAUAGGAAUUGCCCAAAUGUAUAGGUUCUCAUGACAUUUGUUUCUAUCAAAAAGUUUUUUUUGCGAUUUUUUUCACGUGAACCGACAGUUCAAAAACGGUUUUUCUCUCUGCUUCUCUGCUUCUCUAACUCUCUCUCUCUCUCCCUCUCUGAUUCUUGUGAGAGUUUAUUAUCAGUCCUCUCAUCUCAUCAUUUUUGUGUGAACAAACAAAACCGGAGGUCACAUGCAGCAAACACACAGUGCAGCCAAGCCAAGCCAAAAGAUGGCUGGCGCCAGCAGCAGCGGCUCCGCCCAUUUUCAUCGCUUCGCUUCUUUUUUUUUUGCCCAAAGCCCCGCCUCCACUUCGUUUUGCCUCCUCCUCUCUACAUAUAUGAAAAGAACGACGCAAUUUUGUUGUGUUGUGUGUCCGAAAUUCAGCCAAUUUUUUUGUCGAGCAUUUUUUCUUGGGGUCAAAGGGUUUAGGCUAAGUCUAGAGUCUUCUACCUAAACUUAAAGCUAAGUUUAAGGUUUUUCCUAAUUUUUUUGUGUUGAAUUUAUUUUUUAAAGAGUUUUGGUUAAGCCUAAAACUAAUAAGCCUAAGAUUUUGACUAAGCCUAAGUCCAGCAUUUUUUCUAAGCCUAGCCUUUAGGCUAAGCCUAAGGGUUUGGUUAAGCCUAAGCUUAAGGUUUUUUCCUAAGCCUAAGAUUUUCGUUAAGCCUAAGCCAAGCCUUUAGACUAAGCCUAAGAUUUUGACUAAGCCUAAGCCUAGGAUUUUUUCUAAGCCUAAGCCUAGUCUUUAGACUAAGCCUAAAACUAAUAAGCCUAAGAUUUAGGAUAAGCCUAAGCUUAAGGUUUUUCCUAAGCCUGAGUCAAUUUUAGAAAAUUUCGAUUUUUAACGAGUUUUUGUUCGACCUAAGCCUAAGGUUUUGGCUAAGCCUAAGCGAUUUUCAAUUUUUAUAGUUUUGCCUAAGCCUAAGGUCUUGCCUAAGCCUAAGCCUAAGGUAAUUCUCUUAGGCUUACCCAAAACCUUAGACUUAGCUUCUUUUUUAGCCUUAAAAUCCAAUUUUCUUGAUUUUUUUUCAAUUUUUUCUCAUUUUUCUCGAUUUUUUCCAAAUUUCCCAAUUUUCCAGAACUCCCUCUCUCCUCCCCAAAAAAAACUCACAAAAUGAUGGAAGUCUGCAUCAACGCCGGUUCCUCAAAUCUCGCCAACAACAAUAACAUGAGCAAUGAAUCGUUGCCAGCCAUCACCAAGCCAAAACGCGAUUUUCGCUUCAAAGUCAUCGAAGUCCAGUCGGGACCCAAAUGGUUUGUGUGGCCAAGUCGGAAUCGAUCAUCGUCCGAAGAUGUCGUCGAUGAAAAUCACAAUAAACCAGCGCCAGCGGCUGUCAAAGAUGUUUCCGCUGAUGCGCAAGGUUAUUCCGCGUUGCGUCGAAGUGUUGUUCGAUCAUCGAAACGGCGACAAGAUCAAGAUGGUGAGUUUUAUCGGGUUUUCCGGGGAAAAAUUAAAAUUUUCGAAAAAAAAAAUAAAAAAUAAAUACCGUAGGCGGGUUAAAGGCGCACACACAUUUCGCAAAAUAUCUCGCCCCGUGUAUUUCUCUCGGACAAGCAAAAUAAAUUUUUUUUUCGAAAUUUUUCAUUUUUACACGUUUUUGACUGAAAAGCCGUUGAUAAAAGAGGAUUUCUGACUCAAAAAUUGAAAAAAAAUGAGAAGCCUUUGAAUUUUAUGUUUUAAUCGAAAAAAAGCAAGGUUUUCUACAUAAAACAAAGCCCAGGGGUGAAAUUUGAUGAAAAUCCCGAAAAUUUCACCUAAAAAUCGAUUUUUUCAGCCUCAAUCGCUCAAAGAACCGCCUCCGAACCAGCAGCCACAACUCGUCGUCUCUCCGCGAAAAAAGAAAAAGCCGUCACCGAACCGAUCGUCUCGCAAGUCUCCUCAAUGUUCAAAAUCAUCUCCAUCGACAAAAAAUGGGAAAGUAUGGAUGCGACGUCAGAUGAUGACGAGGAUUGCCACGUGGCACCGAAUAGCUUGGCUGUGGCCGAAAAUCCAGAACGCAGAUGGACAACUUCGGUUUGA